GAGCCGGAGUCCGAGGGGCUGGUUCGGCGCAGGGGGCCGUUGGGCUCCAGACAAAUAAACAUGGAGUCCAUCUUCCACGAGAAACAAGAAGGCUCACUUUGUGCUCAACACUGCCUGAACAAUCUGCUGCAAGGGGAAUAUUUCAGCCCCGUGGAAUUAUCCUCAAUUGCACACCAGCUGGACGAAGAGGAGAGGAUGAGAAUGGCAGAAGGAGGCGUUACGAGUGAAGACUACCGGACAUUUUUACAGCAGCCUUCUGGAAAUAUGGAUGACAGUGGGUUUUUCUCCAUCCAAGUGAUAAGCAAUGCCUUGAAAGUUUGGGGUUUAGAACUAAUCCUGUUCAACAGUCCAGAGUAUCAGAGGCUCAGGAUCGAUCCUAUAAAUGAAAGAUCUUUUAUAUGCAAUUAUAAAGAACACUGGUUUACAGUUAGAAAAUUAGGAAAACAGUGGUUUAACUUGAAUUCUCUCUUGACGGGUCCAGAAUUAAUAUCAGACACAUACCUUGCCCUUUUCUUGGCUCAGUUACAACAGGAAGGUUACUCUAUAUUUGUUGUUAAGGGUGAUCUGCCAGAUUGUGAAGCCGACCAACUCCUUCAGAUGAUCAGGGUCCAACAGAUGCAGCGACCAAAACUUAUUGGAGAAGAAUUAGCGCAGCUGAAAGAUCAGAGAGUCCAGAAAACAGAUCUGGAGCGAGUCUUGGAAGGAAGUGACGGGCCAGGAAUGGUAGAUGAAGAUGAAGAGGAUUUGCAGAGGGCUCUGGCCCUUAGUCGCCAUGAAAUUGACCUGGAGGAUGAAGAAGCAGAUCUCCGCAGGGCUAUUCAGCUCAGCAUGCAAGGUAGUCUCAGAAAUGCAUCCCACGAUACCGCACAGACAUCAGGUACAAACCUUAGUUCAGAAGAACUGCGGAAGAGAAGAGAAGCCUACUUUGAAAAACAGCAGCAGCAGCAGCAGCAGCAGGAGACAGAUGUGCAGGGACCAGUUUCACUUGCACCCGAAAAGCCGACCACAAGUUCAGGAGCACCUGGGAGCGAUUUCGGUGAUGCCAUGAGUGAAGAAGAUAUGCUUCAGGCAGCUGUGACCAUGUCUUUAGAAACUGUUAGAAAUAAUUUGAAAACGGAAGGAGAAAAAUAA